UUCCCCUUCCUUUCAUUCCAUUCUUUUCCCCACCAUCACUAUCGCCUCCAUUCGUUUGCUAUACGCGUGGCCAUCAAUUCGAUUUCACAGCUCACCACACGCCAUCUCUGGACGCGUCUUGAUUUCAAUCAGCCAGACCAUUCAAAUACUAGGGGAGAAGAAAAAAAAAUAUCAAUUGUCGAGCCACGAUGCAUGCCAUCGCAGUUCUUGGAGCUGCUGCGGCCGCUCUCUGCAGCCCAGCCGCGGCCAAGCCCACCGCUGCUCCCUACCCCGAAUUGGAGGCUCUCGAAGCUCUACACCGUCGCGCGCAUCUGCAGCCUCGAGCUGACCCAACUGCUCCUUGGGUUACCGUUGGCGAUGAGGGCACUCCCGUCAAGACCAUCACGCCGAAAGCAACCACCAUCAGCGGGACCCCCACGCUUGUUGACGUUGCGCCUCACGAUAUCACAGCCUCGGUGUACACGUUCACGAGCUGGGGAGUCAUCACAACCAGCACCGGCCAACCUCCCAACCCGACCGCUACGUCCAAGAACAAUGACGGAGUCUUUUCGCGCUGUUACAACAAAGACGGCAAGGACGCUCCCUUCUGCACGCCCUAUACGAACAGCUCACUUUUGACGGGCAACACUUAUUAUAUUACCUGGGAUCCCGACUACUAUAACAAGACGAGCUUCAAGACCAACACGACUUAUGAGAUCACCGUUCGUCUGGACUACCUCAACAGGACAAGCAAUGAGUGGGUUAAGCUUGAGAGCUUCGACGACAACCGCGUGCCGGCCUCUUGGGGCUUCUGGCCCCUCAAGGUCAAGAAGGAUUAUCUCAUGGGCGAGAAGACCAACAACAUCACCAUCACUCUUCUGAGCGCCCCCCAGGGCAGCAACGACAAGAACAGCUCCAUUGCCCUCCCUGUGGUUUUCCAAAAACCCGCCCUUCCCCAGAACUCAAAGACAGAACUUCCCACGGGUCAUACGCUCUCCAUCGCUCUGCCUCUCGCUUUCGGCUGCUUCGUUUUCAUCGUCGUCGGGCUCUUCAUGUGGAACCGCAAGAGCCGCCGCAUCGAACUCGGCAACAUCAUGAGCCGCUCUCGCCAUGGCUAUAACGGCCGCAAGGCCCGCCGAAAUAUAUUCCACUCUAGGAAGGAUGUUGGUAGCGUUCAGCUGCACAAUGCGGACGACCACUUGGCGGACGGAGAUUAUCACGAUGCACCCAUCCCUGCUCGACGCGAUAGCGAGGCCCUGGGAAGCUUGGCCGGCACUCCCAUCCAUGAGACGUUUGAUCAGCAGGGCACUUCUGGCGGUCACAGGAAUGCGUUCCGAGACGAGAUGGCUCGACAGAACCAGGAGAGGCGUGGAGGAUACUAAAAAAAGACAAAAAACGAUGGAUGAAUGGAAAAGGUUAAAUGAGCCAUCAUGAUCCAGGUGAUUGUGAGAAAUGUAAUUGAUACAUGAAUCUACGAAGCAUAAUGUUCUAUAAUAAUCCCUCUACCGAGUAUGCGAGUUGGGUUUUCCUCACAAAACUAUUGCAAUUUCGAAG